CAAGGACGAUAAAUGAGAUUUAGGGAUCAUUAUUCUGGUUGCAUCCGACAUGUUCAUUUAGUUAUAGAUGAGUCCUGCUUCCAGCGCUCAUCGUAACACGAUCCGUGCAGAGUAGGCAAUAGCAACCUAUCCUGUUUCCCUGCGCCCACCGCUGCUGGUGCGUCGAACUAAUCGAAAAACUUGUCUUAUCCUAUAACAGAGUAGUUUAUAGCACGCAUGGUGCAUGGAGUAGCAUGGAGUGCAUGGAGUGCAUGGAGCGCAGAGCUUCAAGGGGCGCAAGAAGCUCCCCCUUUAGCUCCAUGCUACUCCAUGUGAUCCAUGCACUCCAUGCCAUGCGAGCCGUGAAACCUUAUAAACUGCUCUGCUAUAAGACGAUUACAAAACAAAAUGGCCAACUUUCCUGGCGUAGUCGACCGUUUCGCGGAGUUCCGGGCUAUCGCAAGCCAGCAUGGCAUCGAAACCACCAGUGCGGAGGAGAUGUUUCGUGCGGAAGCAGAGAAUAUAGGAGGUGUUUCUUCCUCUUUCUCUCUCUCUGCAAAAUUAAGGCUCAGCUUUCAAUGGUCAUUGGGGUUGGUCACGACUGAGAUCCCUCUUGAGAGAAGGAGAACAGGGGAAAAUGAAGGAAAAGCAAAGGGAGAGGCAUGGGGCCCAUUUCUUUCAGAGUCAGUGACCAUUGAAUGCUGAGCUUUAACAAAAGCUGCGAAGGAUAACAAGGAUGGAGGCAUGAAGCUCUUCUUCGAGGAAGUAAAAGCAGUGCAAGAUCGGAUAGCUGAGGCGAAACGCUCUACAGACGAGAUCUCUCAGUGCACGGAAGACCUGCUAAUGGCCACCACCGCUGCCAUGGAGCAAAAAGCGCAAGAUAGACUGGAAGUGGAGAGUGGCAAGACGAACGAGGCACUUCAGGACGCGAAGAAAAAAUUGGAGAAAUUGAGGGAGGAGUCCUUGUCUGGACAAGGUAGUCGUGCUUCAAAGAGUGAGCAGAGAGUACGGCAGAACAUGUGCCAAAGCUUGGCUAAGAAGUUGCAGACUCAAGUCCUCGCGUUUCAGAAUGCGCAAGGCGAAUUCUCAACGGAAAUGAAGGCGAAGACUGCGCGACAACUCAAGUUAGCCUGUCCCGAAGCAAGCGAGAACGAGAUCCACGACAUGAUCGAGAGCGGAGAAACUCGGGAUACCAUGGUCAGAAAGCAGAUGGCAGGCACGCAUGCGGUUUUACUGGAGAAUCUAGAACAGGUGCAUGACAAGUUAUGAAACCAAAAUCUGUUAUCAUUAUCGUACUUUUCUACUUCAGAAACUUGAUAAUGAUAACAGAUUUUCUUUUGAUACAAGUACAAAGCCAUCCGGCGGCUAGAACGGUCUAUGGCGGACUUGCAUCAGAUGUUCCUAGACAUGGCACAGCUCAUCGAGCAUCAGGGAGAGAUCUUGGAUGUGAUUGAGGUGAACGUGUCCAAAACGCGUGACUACACGCAACAAGCGGAGCAAGAACUGAUAACAGCGAGAAAAGGACAGCUUACUUCCCAGAGAAGGAUGUUAAGGCUAGUACCUCCGCUGGAGCAUCCUCUCUCAGAGAGACAGCAUCAUCUGAUCCCUGGCUCUUUUUCUACUUGAAAAUGGAGCCAAGGAUGCGCUCAGGGAGGAUGCGACCACGGUAGCUCUAAGGAUGUGCUGCAUUACAGUGCUGAUGAUGCUAGUUUGCGCUGUGAUCAUUUUCCCGAUUCUGUUUGCUCCAAGUGCUGGGAUUCGAUGACGAUACAUACUGAUACCGAAGACCACGGAACCGCUUUUUGUUCUUCGUUCGUGAUGUAAGGUUGAAGAUAUCCAAGGAGCUGUGUAUCCGUGCGAAGCUGCACAUCUUUAUUUAAGUAGGUAAAAAGUGUUCCCACAGCACGGCUCUUUACGGUCUUGUUGGUUCUGAGUGCGGGUUUUAACACCUUGGUGUGCAAAAAUAAAGCUUAGAAUAAGAGGGCUCCAG